CGGUCUCGCCGGGCUGGUGAUGGCGCAUGGCACACGCUGGCUACCUGAGUGGCAGCGUUCAGGCUUGUUUAAUCAAGGAGCAGCUCCAUGGAUCAAGGGUAAGUGUUUCCUGUGGCCUGCCCUGGACAGAGUCCAGCCAAAUAGAAGUUUCCAUCCACCAACCACCUCUCUGUGGCCUUACAGAGCAAAGAAAGAAAAAUGAAUCGACUCAAGAGCAGCAUGAGAGCAUGCUUCUUGCUUCCUAUGCCCGUCUUACUAAGCCUCUUAGCGACUUUUGCUGCAGCUAAGAAUAUAACUAACAGCACUUUAAAUGGCACAGACAUGGUCUUGGGAUCCAUGCCUGUCAUUAUUGCCCGAGUGGACCAUGUGAUCGUCAAGGAAGGGAAAAGUGCCUUGAUCGACUGUAAUGUUCACGGCAUCCCUGACCCCCAUUUCAAGUGGUAUAAUUCCAAUGGCCACUUACUGAAGGAAGAUGAAGACCUGGAGGGCACAGGAGGAGGAAAAUGGUGGAUUCAAGACAGUGGACUACUGAACAUUACCCAGGUAUCAUUUUCAGACCGAGGUAAAUACACAUGUGUCGCUUCUAACAUCUAUGGCACUGUGAACAAUACAGUAACAUUGAGAGUCAUCUUCACCUCUGGGGACAUGGGCAUCUACUACAUGAUUGUCUGCCUAGUGGCUUUUACCAUUGUCAUGGUCUUGAACAUCACCAGACUCUGCAUGAUGAGCAGCCACUUGAAGAAGACAGAGAAAGCAAUCAAUGAAUUCUUUAGGACAGAAGGAGCAGAGAAACUGCAAAAGGCUUUUGAGAUUGCUAAGCGUAUCCCAAUCAUCACCUCAGCCAAAACUCUUGAGCUUGCCAAAGUCACCCAGUUCAAAACCAUGGAGUUUGCCCGCUAUAUUGAGGAGCUGGCCAGGAGUGUCCCUCUGCCUCCCCUCAUUAUGAACUGUAGGACUAUAAUGGAAGAAAUCAUGGAAGUAGUGGGCCUGGAGGAGCAGGGCCAGAACUUUGUAAGGCACACCCCUGAGGGCCAGGAGGCCACCGAUGGGGAUGAGGUCUAUACAAUCCCCAAUGCUCUCAAGCGGAGUGACUCACCUACUGGCGACUCAGAUGCCUCAUCCCUUCAUGAGCAGCCUCAACAGAUUGCCAUCAAGGUGUCUGUUCACUCAUUGUCCAAAAAGGACCACAUGGAAGACCAAGAGGGCGUACAGGUAGAGAUUAAGGAUGAGGAGGUGCUAGAGGCAGCUGUAGUACUGGAGGGGUCGGAACUUCCCAUUGAGCCAUCUGCAGAAGCUGAGGUUUCUGAGGAGGUAGCGCCUUCAGAGUCAGCACCCCCUUCAGAACCUGUGCCCCCUAUAGGGCAGUUGGCACCUGCUCAUCUGAAGCCUACUGAGCCAGCCAUGACAAAUGUAAUGAAUACCUGUAUUAUUUAUGAAAGCCAUGUAUAAUACUUAACUCUGAAAAAGCUAUGCAUAUCAAGAAAAUCAGGGGCUGCUCCUUGUAACACAGAUAUAGUAUGUACUUGCCGCUAAAGCCUUACCAGUAGACUUAUCAUAACAUACAUAGGAGUGAUGCUCUUUUAAAAGGGGAAAGAUACUGAUGCAGUGUGUGUGUGUGUGUGUGUGUGUGUGUGUUUCUGUGUGACUAACUCCUCCCUCCUACCUCCUCCCUACUAGCAAAGUGCACCAGAGAUAUCAGUGUGUGUAAGAGGUGGCAUUGGAUGGACUAUGGCCCAUCAAGUUGUGUGCAUAGAUGAUUUAGGCCAUAUUCUCUUCCAGGCUGCUUAAACCUGGUGGCAGAAGGCACCUUUAUGGUAUGUCAUUCUGAGUUUGAGAGCUCCUGUGCUGUCAGAAAGUCCCUUCUCCUCCCCCAGUAAUUUGUACACUGCAUUUCUUUUCCCUCUUAAAAAGCAUGUCCAUGGAUUAUUUGGCACUUUCUCCCCCAUUUCAAUGCUGUUUGGUUAUGAUGGAGUAAUUGUUAUUAUAUUAAUAUUAAUUGCUCUUUCUGAUUUGUUUGUCUUUGCCAUUUUUGUCUCUCUAUAUACAUAUAUAAUUUUUAUCCCUUGAAACAUUUACCUCAGAGACUUUUGUGUCAGCCCCUUGUUCCAGGGCUGACAUCUAGUAGCCGUUUGUAGUGCUGCAAAGAGUGACCAGACUUCGCAGAUAAGAAGUCGUAUUUCUAUUUCUUUCCCUAUCCCUUCCCUACUUUCCUCUGUUGAAUUUUGUACAAUGAAAUUGCUGUUGUGAACGUGAGGCUCAUGCCCCAGAAGCAGCACUUUAAGAGCCAAAUAAAAACCUGUUUACCAAUUGGAUUCUGAGGGCUUUUGGUGAGCACACUAACGUGUGGAGGGAAAUUUUCACGGGUUAAAUGUAUCCAUUCCCUGACAACCCACACCUCAAUCCAGUUUUGUUCACAAGUAAACUGUCAUCCCCCAUAAACUAAGAUGAUAGAAACAGACAUGGCUUCAAAAGAGAAAAACAUCAGGUGUAAUAUCUGAGGAGUCAUUUUAGAGAAGCUCUCUGGAAAUUGCCAUUAGGUGACUCAAACAGAAGAUCAGACUAAGUGACAUGAAACUCUGUGAAGGGAUAGGACCAGGUGUGUUGAAGGGAAUGGCUAUCCAACUCCUGGCCCAAGAGAUGAGAUAGGAGCCUUCUAUUCAAUAGAACACUCAUACCAGAUCUCCUACCAAAACUGUUGUUAGAGUCUGUGAGAGGAAAACAGGCACAUAAGGGGCAGAGUAGUUUAGUGUUCAAAACAAAAAACUAGAUUCAAGAAACCUCAGCUCUAAUCCUGGUUCUGCCACUAAGCAGCUUAAGAAUGAGUAAAGCUGUUGACUUCCCCUUUCUGAGCAGCAGAUUACCACCUUCAAAAUGCUCACAGCAUCCAAAUUUCACCAAAUAAUGAGUUGAGUAGAACUAGCAAACUAAAAAUGGGUGGAUUUCAGUAGUCUAAUCUCCAGAAUAAAGUAUUUCACAUUAUACAACCCUGUAGCCACAUUGGGGAAAA